UCUCUUCUACCUCAUACAAUAAAUACUGUUAUGCUUCCCCCCCGGACCCCUACUUUCCAUUUCUGAGCCUUUCCUUCUUCUUCUUGUUGUUGGCAUUGUAGAACAACUUUCUAUCAACCAUGGCAUCACCUGACAAUGCAAGGGCAGUUUGUGUAAUGGAUGCCUCCGGCCACCUUGGCUCCGCCCUUGUGCACUUGCUCUUGCAUAGAGGCUACACUGUCCAUGCUGCAGUCCAACACCAUGGUGAAUUCCAAUCAUUUGGGGGACUGCCAUGCAGUAAUGAAAAAUUAAAGGUUUUCCAUGCAGACCUCUUUGACUACCACAGCAUAACAAAUGCACUGGAGGGGUGUUGCGGCUUGUUUUACUGCUUUGAGCCUCCCUCUGACCACUCCACCUAUGAUGAAUUUAUGGCAGAAGUUGAGGUGAGAGCUGCACACAACGUGCUGGAAGCAUGUGCUCGAACAGAUACAGUGGAAAAGGUCGUUUUCACUUCCUCUGUAACAGCUGUGAUAUGGAAUGAAGUUCGCAACACGUCUUCCACUGAUCUCGACGAAAGGAAUUGGAGUGACAUCAAUUUUUGCAAGAAGUUUAAGUUAUGGCAUGCAUUAUCAAAGACACUAGCGGAGAAGUCAGCCUGGGCACUGGCAAUGGACCGAGGCAUAAACAUGGUGACCAUAAAUGCAGGACUGUUGAUGACUCCUGAUCUAACCAUCACAAAUCCCUAUCUAAAGGGAGCAGCUGAGAUGUAUGCGGAUGGUGUAUUUGUUACCGUGGAUCUCAGGUUCAUUGCGGAUGCUCACAUUUCUGUGUUCGAAGACAUCUCAGCCUAUGGGCGAUAUCUGUGCUUCAACCAUGCAAUCAAUUGCAGCCAUGAUGCUGACAAGCUUGCUCACAUGCUAUUACCAUCCUCUCAUUCUUCACCUCCUCAAAGUUCGAACGAUAAAAUAAUCUACCAACAGAGAAUAAGCAAUAAGAAGCUGAACAACAUGAUGAUGGAGUAUGAGAAUGAACAACUUGUGACUAAUUGAUGGCAGGCUACUGUCUAUUAUUUUCCAGAAGUUUUUUGUAUGUUUUAGGAUCAUCUAAUCAUAUCCUCCAACUCAUAUUCUUUUAAGAAAGAUAGCUACCAUUUUUUUUUCAAAGAAGUUCGCUUAUAGAAUAUGUUUAGUAGACUUCAGGAAUCUGAAUUAUAUCUCCAACUGGAAGUUCCAGAAAGAGAAUUUAUUAUAUGCUAUCAUUAUUCAUUCAGCAUAUCGGCCUGCAAAGAUAAAAUUGACCUUGUAUCUCAAAGCUGUAUUCAAAGUACGUCUGUCCUGUAUUGAAAUUUGUUGUUAUAUAGCCAAAUUCUAUUUAUGAA